AUGGGUAAGAUUACAAGAAGAACUAGAGAGGUGAAGAAGAAGGAGAGACAGCCUAUUGUCAAGGCCAGUCUGAAAUAUCCCAUUGUUCCUCAUGUUGAAGAAGGGGAGGUGAUUGACAUAGUCCACGAAAGAAGUAGAGGGGCGCCGGUGGCCAUAAUAAGCUUCAAGGAGCUUGACUGCAUGGUUCCAGCCUCUGAGGGAAUAUACACAGGGAAAAAGAUUUUUAUUGGGGAUGAAGCGCCUAUCGACAUAGGGAAUAUUACAAAAAUCAAGAAUGUUCCUGAGGGUAUGGCAGUGAACUCUGUCGAGAUGAGCUAUGGAGACGGAGGCCGUAUCUCCAUGACAAAUGGAAGUUAUUCUCUUGUGGUAAACCACAGAAGAGAAACCAACGAGACGGUGAUAAAAAUACCUUCCGGAAAGAAGAUGACUGUAAGCAGCGAGUGCAGGUGUAUUGUAGGAGUGGUUGCAGGUGGUGGUAUCCAUGACAAGCCUCUUCUCAAGGCUUCUGUAGCCCAUUACAAGGCAAAGGCCCGUGGGCAUGUCUUCCCAAGAGUUAGAGGAGUGGCAAUGAACCCUGUUGAGCACAUUCAUGGAGGAGGUAAUCACCAGCAUGUUGGUAAGCCCACCACUGUCUCUAAGAAGGACAUUUCUCAAGAGCAGAAGAUCGGUCUUGUUGGAGCCAGGCGCACUGGGUAUAGGGUUGGGUCCAGAAAGGUUUAG